ACGAAUGGAACAACAAGCCAGGAAUGGAUUGGGGCACCUGAGAGCUAGUGCCCGAAAUUUGUCUGUCCUUCGCCUUGGAUUUUCGAGUUCAAAACAACGUGUGAGCCAAUCGGUGAGUCUAUAUAAAAAUGUUCGUUCCAGGUCGUUGACUCAGCUCGACGCCCUGGGUACAAGUAUGCUGGACGCGGGGGAACACCAUCUAGGGGGUUCACCUCAACAACAACCACUCCACCCUCAUCCCCAUCAACCUCAGCAUCACUCACAGAAUCUUGUCGAAUCCAGUCCUCGAUUUCUUGUACCAAAUGCACCCUCUACUGAGUCAGCGCAUCCAAAUCGCACUAGGCAUAAACUUUCAAGGUCACAGGUAUCCAGCAGCGAGUAUUUUAGUGUCAGUUUCGAAAUAGGAGAGGAUGCAGGUGCAUUAGAUCGGGAAGAAUUUCUACCAGCUGCCAAAGGAUCGUAUUUGGCAGAAGUACUUAGCAGCGCUUGUGAGAGACGGGGUGUGGAUUUAUCUCGAGUAGACGUUUUUUUAGAAUCUUUUUCAACGCCUUUACCAAUUCUGACGACGGAAACCUCCUGUCUGGGUGGAAAGCAUUUGAGAUUAUCUGCUAAAGAUGACAAAUUGAAUGCGCGACUCACCAGCCAAAGGAAUAGUCAAAAUGUUUCGCUGCGAAAAGCUAGUGGGAGUUAUCGUGGACGAAGUGGGCGCUUCUUCAGUGUUUCGACGGAGGACUCAAGUGUUGAUUCUGAAGUGGGAACCGCAGCAACCAUCACUUCUGGUAAGAGUUCUACUGGGGCUGCAGCUCUCAAAGCCAGUAAGCAACGUUGGAGCGGUUUUUUCACUAACACAAAGGGAACCAAGAUGGAGUCACUGGUUGAGCAACUCAACAGUUAUACGAAGCAUGGUGUACCUCGACUUUCUGAUAUUCAAUUACCUUAUGACCUUACAGUCAACGAAGAAGAUACGACUUUUACCGACAGUGUAUUUUUGGUAGUACGAUUAAGGAUGGCUGAGCUAUCAGCGCCAACAGCAUGGUGUGAAACACAAAAGGACUGCAAUCGCUUGAGGCUCUUAGACAUUUUGGUAAAACCAAUGCAGAGGCUAACAAAAUAUUCGCUGCUUCUUAAGGCUGUUUAUAAAAAUACAGAAAACGAGGAUCAACGAGCGGAGCUGACAAUAAUGAUCAAAUCUGUGGAUAAUUUUGUCGCUUCCGUCAAUGCUGCCUUAAAGAGAAGCGAAGAAACAGCUCGAUUAGCCAGUGCCGCUUCUAGGUUGGAAAGCUACGAUGUCGUUGAAUCCAGAGAUGAAGAACUGGAAAAAUUAAUUAGGAUGCAUAGUAGUUUAGAUAUCACAACCGCUCCCAUGCCUGGCUGCCCGAAAGAUGCGUUAAGAACGCUUCUUCGGGAAGGAGAUUUAAAAUUAAGGGACGCUGCUUCUAGCAAGGUUGAGGUUCACAUCUUUUUAUUGACGGAUAUGCUUCUAAUUUGCAAACCAUCGACCAAAAAAGCUUCAUCGAGCAGUAACACCGGAAUUAGUGGUGGUGUAUUAAAAAUAAUUCGGCAACCUUACGUCGUGGAUCGAAUUCGUGUACACGAACUCAAAGAACCGUCCAGUUUGGGUUUGGUGUAUCUAAACGAAUACGGAGCAGCGUCUGCGGCUCUUGUGCUAAGUGCUGGUGAACCAAAGUUAGCAAAAUCUUGGAUGGAGUCUAUAAGAAAAGCUCAACAACAAUUCGUUCUGAUGAAACUGCCACCACUGGGAAGUACUUUCGGACAAGUUAGCAGACAAGCUAGCACGUUCUUGGGAGACGGUGAUUUUGAAAUGGAAGAGGGCGAGGGAAUUCCCAGGACGCCUCGCGGCAGCAGUAGAGCUUCCCGUAUUAGCAGUCUUGCUCACAGCCAUAGUGGAAGUAUGGAAAUGGAGGGUGCAUCCCCUAGCAGUAGCAGUUUUCUACCAAGUUACAAUCCGAGCAGAAAUGUAAGUGUGGAAACGACUGAACCGCCACGUGCCUCCAGCGUUUCUUCCGAGGAAGGCGGUGAAAUUGGAUCCGGUCACAGUACUAGAGCCAUCCAAAUCAGCAGGAGAUCCUUGUUGAGCAAAUCACCAACACCGAACACCUUGAGUGUCCAGGUCCCUGCAUAUUCAGGACUGGGUCAAUCGUUGCCGAAUUUGACACUAGCCACUUCGCCACAAACAUCCACAGUUUCAGCAACCCCACCGAAUUCUCUUUUGAUCGUGCCACAAAUAACCAAGAGUAAGGACACUCUGCUCUCGCCUGGGCAUCGGGGUAUUUCGUAUCCACCACCCUCGCCGCCGAGAGGAGCUUUGAGACGAGCAUUCGCCAUACCUCAAUCUAGAAAUCCUCCACUAUUAAAAACUAGACAUAUAAAUGCAUCAGUAACACAAACUCUUCAAGCGGCCGUAAGUUUAGACACGGAAGCGAUAGAAGAAAGAAGAAGAAGGUUGGAGCCUUCACAGAUAAUGCCAUCCACAAGCAGCAUUGCGGAAGAAAAGAAAUAAAGAACCGUGACAAAGUACAAGUGAAGUCUUUGAGAAAAUAACGUUUGUCAUCGUCGGCGAGAUCGCACGUAAACAAUAAGUGCAUCCAAGUCAGAAAAUGAUGAUCCAUGACGCUGACUACGUGCGAGUGCUGCACACGCUCCCACGUAGAAAAGCAGACAUCAAAGGGCGACUUUUCUUCGUUCCAGAUUGUCUCUAGUACUCUUUAAGCCUGCAGAAUGCAGUAAGCAAUUUUACAAUCGAUUGGGGCCAUUCGAAGACAACGUACAACAUGACUGUACCUACCGCAGCUAAAUUUAAACUUUGUCCUAGCUUUAAAGAUUAAAGAGUAUCGCUUUUGUAAAGAACUUUCAACAAAAAGUUGGAUGCACAAGAGGGGAAUAACAUUCGCGCUACUACUAAUUGAAAACUAGUCCUACUUCUAAUCUUAUCGUAACUUAAGCGACGAAAAAAAAGGCCUACUUAGUUACUAAUUGAUCAUAUGUAUAAUUAAAUUAUAUUAUAGAAGAAGCUAAUCUACGUUAUUAGACUAAUAGGGGAUCUAACAAGCCUUUAGGGUGAACGAAACCCCGUGUGAUCGUUAGAGAGGGUAAGCAAGGACCGUUCCAUAGAUAUAAAGAAACUGAACUUCGUACGUCUCAUAGCUUCGAAACUUUUUCUUAUACAAAUCAAUCGAGAUUUGAAGAGUGUAAAUCGCGCGAUGAUUGACGUUUCGAAGUAUCGCGGACUGUCCUGGAUACCGUGAUCUUUUUGAAAAUAAAAAAAUCGUGUUUAUUUCAGAGGCUUUACCUAACUAGAGACAACAUUUCAUAGCGACCUAGCGCCAUUUAUUUUAUAAGAACGCCCUAACUUUCUUCUCUACUUGUUCGUGCUACUUGCACCAAGCUAAUCAGUUAUUCUGAUAAAAGAAGAACUGUCGACGAAGUACAUAUGCAACGCGUAAUUUAUUAAGAAUUGUCGAUUGUCGUAUAAACGUGCCUCCAAUUCAAGAACCUGGCUGCAAUAUCUUUCAGAAUCCACACAUCAAGACGCGUCUCUUCUUAUUACAAAAUAAAAAGAGUUACCACUCUCCUUUCGUA